AUGUCGUCGUCCUCCUCCUCCAGGGCGAGGGCGAGCGAGUCGGGCGGACGCGACAUUCCUUGGGUGCUGCUCGACCGGACGCCUCGCCUCACCGACUUCGGAGGGAUGGCCCACGACGCGGACGUCCUGCUCGAGCUCGUGCCGCCGCCGGCCGUCUCCACAGUCUUCCUCGACCGCGCUCUGCUCCCCGACGCCGCCGCCUGGGAGACGGCGCCGUGCCGCGUCGAGGGCGCCGACGCGUCGGGACACCUCCUCCUCGCCUUCCCCUCGCCGCGAGCGCCCGGGGAGUCGAACCUGCUCGGGCACUUCCUGCCCGCGUUCCCGGAGGAUGUGCUCGGCCUCGCCAUCUCCCCGGCCGCUCCCACGGGCAUCAUCGCGGACCACGGGGCGAACACCGGCGACGCCUAUUUCGUAGCCCAGGUGCAGAGCGCGCCAUCCUCCACACCAGUCGUCGCGGUCGCGCUCUGCUUCUCCAGCGACGAGAGCAAGUGGACCGUCAGGGAGGUGGCCGGCGACGACCGCUGGAGAGACUUCCACGCAAACUCCGUAGUCUCGCACGACCGCGGCGUCCACGGCGACGGCCUUCUCGUCUUCGUCGACAGGAACCACGGUCUACUGCUGUUCCAUCCGCGGGCGAUCGCAUCGCGCUUCGUCCAGUUUCCCGAUCCUCCCGAGGGCGGCGGCGGAGGAGAGACCGAGGAGGAAGCUGACGCCUCGGUCGACUCCAGCGAAGGCAAGAUUAUCUACGUCGUCUUCUACGAUGUGCCCGACGGAACUAUGAUCGGCUUAUGGUGCCUGUCCGAGGAGAACCUGCGCUGGAAUCCCCACUUCAACCUCUGCUCCGACGAGGUCUUCCACUGCGACGAGCGCCUGUUGCCGCUGCAAGGAGUUCGGAGCGUUGGACCUGUCGACCCCUACAGAAUGACCCGGAUGGUCUUCGGCGUGCGCUGUCCCGCCGAUGGUACACCCAAGAGGAGGUGGAUGGAGACCGUGAACAGCGCAGUGCAGGACGGAAAACAGGUGGGAAUGAUUGCGCUGAGCGCGGUUCAAAAGGGAAGGAAGUACGUCGACAAACUGCCCGGCGCGGUGCAGCUCGUUGGAGGAGCCCUGGGCCUCUCUCACACCAGCGCUCUGGUCAGCGCAGCGAACGCAAUCAAGACGGUGAAUGACUCUAUCACUAUCGGUGAAAACGUCUCCUCUUGGUUGCGGCAGCACCGGCCGGGGGCACCUGGACUCAUCUGCAGGGUGGUGGGUACGGAACAGGAGGCUCAAGCUGCACUCGAUGAAUGGCGUAGCCUGGAGAAGCCCAGCAAUAUGCUGGUGGACCCUGCUGAAGACCUCACUCAGCAACAGUGGGAUGAGCUCCGUGAGUUCUUGGUUGAUAGAGGAGGUGAGACGCUCGUCCAGCACUAUGAUUACGAAUUCGUUGGGCGCCCGCCCCGUUGA